AUGAUAAUGGAAUCAUAUGAGUCCGAUGAAUCUAAUAAUUCUUCAAUUACAAACAUUGAACCGGAGAGGAACACCACACUCGACCAGGCCAGAUUAACAGACGGUGACUUAGGUGAUUUUCUGGACCCUGAACUAACUUUAGUUUGUAACACUUAUAAAAAAUCGGAAACAUUCAGUACACCGUGGCGCCCAACCACAUCUAGAAAAAUAGACAAAGAAAGAAAAAAUAAUGAAGACGAUUGCCUUCAUUGUAAAAACUCUACUGAACCAUACUGCCACGUUGAAUUGGGUCUUACAAAGAGUAUACACACAGAGAAGGUCGAAAUCGUACAAGGUUGUGCUCAUGCUGAUAUCUGCAAUGUUUUUGAAGAUCUUUCUAUUGUGGUAACGUACAUUUCAUGGCCAUGUAAAUACGAACAUUAUGGAGAUGUAUUAACUCAGUCAUUGACCGCGAGCUUAUUAUACAAAUUGGCACAGAUAGAAGAAGGACGACGGUAUUUAAAUUAUAAUUCCAAGAUAACAAAUGACCUUAAGAAGGUUAUUAGAAGGAAAUCCUCAAUGUUAGAAAUGGAAACAAUAGAAUCACUAAAUGCGACAUUGAACCUAUUGAAUCCACCAUUGACGCAAAACCUAAACAUAACAUACUACUACAAACCCAUUGAUGAAGGAAUAGGAAAAAAGACUCUGAAUGCCCUCAUAGAUUAUCGUCAAUAUAUGACAUUAGAUGAAGUUUUUGCUCAAUUAGAUUUGAUGCUUGAUCUCAGUAAUAGGGAUACCGGUAAAUUUGAACUUAUAUCUAACUUACCGCAUAUACUACUUUUAUUCAAACAAUUGCUUGUUGAAUACGAUAAUAGUGAAAUUAACAUAGUUUUAACAAAAAUUUUAACGAAUAUCUUGACAAAGAACAUUGGCAAAGAAAAAAUGGAGUCAGAUGCACCUAAAGCGCUAACAAUAGCAGAUAUUGCAACCGAGGUAUAG